AUGAAGCAGCAGCUCCGAGACGUCUCGAACACCCCUACGGACACCGGGAACGACGACGACGACGAAAAGGAUGAAAAAAAUCAUCAUCAUCGUCAGCGCGAAGGCGCGAGGAAAUCAACUCGACGGGGUGGUGGUGGUGCUGCGACGACGACGACGACGACGACUCAACACCAUCAUCACAAUCACCAUGUAAUGCCUUCUUCUUUGAAUGAUACUACGACGACGACAAAAGCGAAUACGACCACGGGGGAGAAGCGGUGGCAGUUGGAAGACUUCGAUAUAGGCAAACCGCUCGGUCGCGGGAAAUUCGGCAACGUGUACCUGGCGCGAGAGAAGCAAUCGAAAUACAUAGUCGCUUUGAAAGUGCUGUAUAAAUCGCAACUGCAACAAUCGCACGUGGAACAUCAAUUACGAAGAGAAAUCGAGAUUCAGUCGCACUUGAGGCAUCCGAAUAUAUUGAGAUUGUACGGGUAUUUUUACGAUCAGAAUAGAGUGUAUUUGAUUUUAGAGUACGCGGCGAGAGGGGAGUUGUAUAAGGAGUUGAAGAAAGCGAGGAGGUUUUCGGAGCAGAGAAGUGCGACGUACGUGGCGUCUUUGGCGAGAGCUUUGUUGUAUUGUCACAAGAAGCACGUGAUACAUCGGGACAUCAAACCGGAAAACUUAUUGAUUGGGAUUAAAGGCGAAUUGAAAAUUGCCGAUUUUGGAUGGUCGGUGCACGCGCCGCACUCGAGAAGGCAGACGUUGUGCGGGACUUUGGACUAUUUACCGCCAGAAAUGGUGGAAGGAAGAGAUCACGAUCACGCGGUGGAUGUGUGGAGUUUAGGCGUGUUAGCGUACGAGUUUCUCGUCGGCGUGCCGCCGUUUGAAGCGGAAGGGCACUCGGAGACGUACAAGCGCAUCUGUAAGGUGGAUUUACGGUUCCCGGACCACGUUUCGGCGGGCGCGAGAGAUUUAAUCACGCAAUUAUUAGUGAAGGAUCCAAAAGAUAGAAUAAGCUUGAGAAAAGUGACCGAACAUCCGUGGAUCCUCAAGAACGCGCAACCGAACGGUGUUCCGAUGGGCGACCGAGAGAUGUAA